ACAUACACGAUUUUUGCACUUCAUGCAUGCUUUUAGACUAGUAUAAAAUAGUAUAGUGGUUGGACAGGGUGUCAUUAUUGAACUAUCCUUCGCUAGUUUCAAUUACAGUGAUUUAAAUCAAGUAACAAUGGUUAAAAAUGUUAUUUUCUGGAUGGCAGCCGCGGUGUUGUGUGCGGCGAGUGCUUCUUCCCUGAGUGCAGACCAGCAGGCUAUCAUCCAGUCGAAGCUCCUGACCAGCGGCCUGUCCUGCAUCAAGGACCACCCUCUGACAAUAGCAGAGAUUAAGGUCCUGAAAGACAAGAUGCUGCCAGAUGGGAAGAACGCCAAGUGCUUCUCUGCUUGUUUGUUCAAGAAGAUUGGUGUUAUGGACGACAUGGGCAAAUUCAACCCGGAUGGCGUAAGGAAGAACGCGCAGCAACUGUUCAAAAACGACGACGAGCACUUGAUGAAAGUAGAAGAAGUCAUUACAAAGUGCUCUGCCGUGAAUGACGCCUCAACGUCCGACGGUAACAUGGGUUGUGAUCGAGCGAAGUUAGUUUUUGACUGCUUAACUGGUUAUGCGGAUAAAUUCGGCUUCAACAUCAAUUGUUUCUAUGAAGUCUUCAAUGGCUUUGAGCUCGUCCCCAUCGCCGAAAAUGUCCUUGGCUCCGAUAUUCUUGAGCACGCAGGCGCUGAAGCAGGCUGCCUCCUGACCCUCGGGGAACUCCCUGCUCUUGAAGGCAGCGAUGACCUCCUCAGUGAUGUUGUUCUCUUUGGCGCAUUUCUCGCCAACCGUCUCGAAGGUUGCCUGGAUACGGACCUUAUGCUCUUCUUUUUGAGUUUAUAUAAAUGCGUUUACACAACUUUACACCUUGUUAUUGCCAUUUUUAAAUCAUCGGGAACAGUUUGGUGUGGAAAGAUGUUUGCUCUUGUGCUGAAUAUUCUAUUUGUUUCUUCUUUAAUUCAAUUGAACGUUGAGGCGGAUUCCCAGCAAGAAUUACAGAAGCAGUAUAUGGCCGCCCUGAGAGAAUGUUCCCAAGAAUAUACCCUUUCACCUGAGGAUUUAGAAGAGCUGAAGAAUUCUAAGAUGCCCGACAGUGAGAAAGUUAAGUGUUACUUCGCUUGCGCCUAUAAGAGGGCUGGUAUGAUGGACGGAGAAGGAAAAUUUUGGGGUGAGAACGUGAGGAAGAUGUCUUUACAGCAAUAUGGGAAUGACGAGAGUGUUGUUCAGAAGAUUAACCACUUUAUUGACGCCUGCAAUAAGGUGAAUGAAGUCCAAGUCAGUGACGGAGAAAAGGGCUGCGAACGCGCAGCACUCAUGUUCAAGUGCAGCAAUGAGCAUGCUUCCGAACUUGGAUUCAUCUAAGAACACCAGACAAAAUAUUUUAAUUUUUUGAUAUUGUUGCCUGUACGGAUAAUUUCACGAAAUAAAAUCAUUCGCC